AUGUAUAAAUCCUUUUUUGAUAAUUAAGAUCAGGGUUUUUGGUCACCUCGAAAAAUCAUCAAUAAUUGUAUUCCAAUUAUUGAAGGUUUAUUUUAUGUACCAACAAAAAGUGUUGAUUAGUACGAUUUAAUAUCUCUUAAAUUAUAAGGGAAAUGUCUUAUAAUGAAAGAUGGGAUUGUAUGUAUCAUUCUUAUAUAUAUAGACUGAAAUAUAUGCAGACAUAGAAAAUGCUUGUAUUAUAAGAGUUGAAUAAAAAGGAAUAUGUUUAAUAAAAAAUUAAAUUGAAUUCUAAUUUUAUGGUGAUGUUGAUGACUUUUUUAUCAAUCUCAAAUAGUAUUGUAUCCAAUCAGAUUUUUAAUCUAAAUAUCAUCUCCUCUCUGUAAUAGGCUAAGGUAAUUAUGCAAAAGUAUUUUUUAAUUUAAUUAUAGGUCUUUAAAGCCAGAAAUAAACAUAAUUUAGCUGAAAAUGCAGUAAAAGUAUUCGACAAAUCUUCAUUUUCAUAAAUAACAGAUAGAUUAGCCCUUGUAAAAGAGAUACAUAUUUUAAGAUAAUUGUCACACUCGAAUAUUAUCUAAUUACAUGAAGUUUUCGAAACAAAAACUCAAAUUUAUCUCGUAUUUGAUUAUUUAUCUGGUGGUGACCUCACUAAUUUCAUCAAUACUAAAUAGUUAGUAUCAGAAGAAGAAGCAAAAACAAUUAUGAUGGAACUUCUCAAUGCUUUACUCUAUAUGCACUCGAAAGGUAUAUUCCAUAGAGACAUAAAGCCUUAAAAUUUACUGCUUCGUAAAAAGGGUCAAAUUACUGAUCUUGUUAUAGCUGACUUAGGAUUGGCUGAUUACUAUAGAAGAGAUGGUAAAUACAUGUUUACUCGAUGUGGUACUCCAGGAUAUGUAGCACCUGAAAUUUUAUUAGACAAUCCUUAUGAUUUCAAGAUUGAUAUUUAUAGUUUGGGAGCCUUACUUUAUGUAAUGUUAACAGGGAAACCAUUAUUUAAAGGUGCAACUGAAUAAGAAACAGUUCAAUUAAAUACAGAUAAUAAUUUGGAUUUUUCAAAUACAUCCUUAUCUAAACCAUGUAUUGAUCUACUAAAAAAUAUGCUCAACAAAAAUCCAUUAUUUCGAUUUUCUAUUUCACAAUGUAAAAGUCACGAAUGGUUCUAAUAAGAUACUCAACCUAUUUUUAUUCGUUUACGUCAUUCCAUGAAAUCUAAACUUCAAUUUAACCUCGAUUUAAAUAGUGAAGACAGUAGUCCUUGUAGUCCCAAAAAAAGUUAAAAACUAUUCAAAAUAAAAACGAAUUUGCUCUCUCCUAGAUUAAGUGGAAGCUCAACUUCUAGUUUUGAAAGAUAAUGUAAAUAAAGUAGAAUGACUUGUAAAACGGAACCAUCCGAAUAGAAGUCGACAUUUAAUAAGCUAAAAUUAUCAAAGUAAAGAUAAUCUUAAAAAUAUUGA